AUAGUGAAGGGCAAUGCUGGCAAGCCACUUUACCCAAGUCUGGAGCCUGCUCUGCUGUGCCACCUCCUUAGUGGGAGAUAAAGCAGCUCAGUCUGGUACAGUCUCUAAUUGCUGGGCUUUCUUUUUGAUACUGCCUGCAAAGGUGCAUCCAAAGACAGAUUUAUUUGCACAGUAAUUUUGCAGUUUCUUUGUGGUAUUGCAAUGCAUUUACCAUGUUUUACUGUAGUUCCAGCAGUUUGACCCGGUGACAGUUUUAGUUUAACUUCAUUGAUAAGUUGCAAUCCUUAACUUCCUUCAGAUAUUCAUUUGUGCAAGGAUUUUGUACUUCCUCAAUCUAUUAUAUUGGCAUCAUUAUAUUCAGAUCAUUAUAUUCAGAUUUGCUGGUGGUCCUCUCAUGGUGUUUUUAAUUAACCCCUGUUAACCUCAGCAAGAUAGUCCAAGCCAUAAUCAGCUUGCUUGUAUACAUGUCAAACAAUGCUCACAAAACUGCGACCAAAAGUACUUGCUCGCUGUCCGGUUCCAAGUCAAAACUGCCAUGAGAAAGAAUGUCUACUGUGGACCGGCGGUGAACCAGAGAAGUUCAAUCAAGCUAUUUCUGGAAUUUCUUUUGGCUUUAUUAUUAUUUUUUAUGCUUUACUGCACUUUUUGGUUUUUGCUUUUACCACAAACGUUUCUAAUGGCCUGUGAUGUCCAAGCUACACAGUACGAAUCAUGCACAACUGCAAAACGACCAGUCAGAAUCAAGGUCUGUUCACAUUGUGGCGCUGGGCAGUGAGAAAGACAGGUUGCAGGAGGAUGGUCAGCAUCAGUCAAGUCUGCUCUGGACCUAUCUGGGCAGAAGCGCUGGUGUUCAUGACGGAAGGGACAAUGUGUCGCUCAUCUCUGCCCCCCACACGACAUUCCCUGCGUUCGCCGAAUACCAGGCUUGUGUGUUCGGAGAUGUCAGGGUGGUGGUCCAUGACUGUGCAAGCUGGGAUCUCUUCGACAGUGACUGGUACAACUCUCGCAAUGUUGUUGGACAGGCGGACAUUAUUGUCAUUAAAUAUUCGGUCAAUGACAAACCUGCAUUUCAAGAGGUGAAGGAAAACUACACUCCAAUGAUUAAAAGACUAUUAAACCAGUGGACAGUGCCAAUUAUCAUUGCUGCCGUGGGAGCCAGACAAAACGAUGAAGGGCCUCCCUGCACCUGCCCCCUGUGCACCUCCGAUAAAGGAAGCUGCGUUCCUGCCUGCGAGGGCCUGCAGCUCUCUAAAGAGCUGGGAGCCACCUAUCUGGAGCUGCACACUCUCAAUGACUUCUAUGCAGGGAAAUACUUUGGAGGAGUGUUGGAGUACUUUAUUGUGCAGUGUUUAAAUCAGAAGUCAUCAGAAAAAAAUAAGAAAAAGAGGCGGAAAUCCAAUGGGCCUAACCCUCCUCGGUUAGAACAGCCAGCCAAGUUGCCGACUGUGAAGGCAGAGGACUCCAGCUAUAGCUCUGACUUGCUGAAGCUGCUGGGAAGCUCGCAGUGCGCGGACGUGACUUUCUGUUCAGAGGGCCACGGCAGAGAACUGGCACGGGCACACAAGGUGGUCUUGUGCUCUGCCAGUCCAGUGUUUUUGCUGCUGCUCGGGGUGGUGGCUGGGGCAGCAGGUGAGGAAUCCUGCAGCCCCUCUGCAGUAAAGGCCGCUCUGAAUCUCUUCUCAGUGAGGGACAGUAGCACUGGGUUCCCCACAGACCCCACCACCCGAAGCAGGCAUCCCGGUGGCACUCCCACUCGGGUCUUUGUCAAGGAUCCCCUCUUGUGCUCAUGCCUGUCAGAGACUCUGCGGUUUGUGUAUUCAGGAGCCUCCCAGUGGAAUGAGCUGGAAGAGUCUAUCAGGAAAAGGCUGAAGAGUGUACAAGAAAUUGAGGAACUGCUUGGCAAAGUCAAAUUUCUUCUUGGCUAUGAAAAGGGUUCCACUGAGCAAGCGCCUCUCAGACACUCCACGUGUCACAGUACCCCUCUUGGACAUUUCUUUAACUCCCCGGUCUUGACAGAUGUCAUCUUUAAGGUUCAAGGGGUUUUGAUGCCGGCGCACAGAGCAGUACUGGCAGCUCGCUGUGAGGUAAUGGCUGCCAUGUUUAAUGGGAACUAUGCAGAGGCAAACAGCAGUGUGGUGCCUAUCCACAGCGUUUCCAAAGAUACCUUCCUGUCCUUCCUGGAAUACCUCUAUACUGACACCUGCUGUCCAGCCAGCGUUUCCCAGGCGACAGCCCUGCUGGUCUGUGCUGAGAUGUACCAGGUGCCCCGGCUCCAGCACAUCUGUGAAGUCUGUAUCAUUACACAUCUACAGAGCAUGCCCAGCAGAGAGCUGGCAUCCACCAACCUCAGUGUGGUCAACCUGCUCAGAAAGGCAAAGUUUCACAAUGCUGUGCAGCUAUCCGCCUGGCUACUUCAUUUUAUUGCCAGUAGCUACCUCAUCUUCAGUCAGAAACCAGACUUCUUGGAUCUUGCGGAGGAUGAGAGGGAUUUCAUAGAGGAGCACAGGUGGCCCUCCAGCCGGUACGUGCAGGAGCUCGCUGAAUUCAGGCAACACGUUCAGGUCCGGAGAUUGCUCUGUACAGUCAUGUGA